AAGUGAUUGAUGUAAACAAAUAAACAUUUCUCCAGAAGUUGUCAUCACUUGACUCAUCACUCGUGUCCACAAAGAUGUUGACCAGAGAUGUGGAGAUCACGUCAUCGCACGUGAAUGAGUUCUUGCUGUCGAAGCACAUCCAAUAUCUGCACAAAUACGCCGACAAAUCCAAUGAGAGCUACGAGCAGGUGAUGGUGGAGUACCUCCGCAUGAGUGGUAUCUAUUGGACCACAACUGCUCUUCAGAUGAUGGACGCCGACUUCGACAAGGCCGGUAGGGACGACAUCCUGGCGAUGAUCCGGACGUGUGUCCACCCGAAUGGCGGCAUAUCUGCGGCCAAAGGUCACGACCCGCACCUGUUGUACACAUUGAGCGCCAUUCAGAUAAUGGUGUCGUACGACGCCCUCAAAGACAAUAUCAUAGACAUCGACCAAACGGUCGCUUACAUCGCGUCACUCAACAGAAGUGACGGCAGUUUCGCGGGUGACGUCUGGGGCGAAGUGGACGUCCGCUUCUCCUUCUGCGCCAUCGCUAGUCUCGCAUUACUCGACCGAUUGGACGCCAUUCCUGUGGACAAAGCCAUCGACUUUGUGAUGAUGUGUUACAAUACGAUUGACGGGGGGUUUGGAUCGCGUCCGGGCAGUGAAACCCACGCCGGACUCAUAUACUGCUCGUUAGGCUGUCUGUCCAUUACGGGUCAAUUGGACCGAAUAGAUGCCGACCUCCUGGGCUGGUGGUUAGCCGAGAGACAGUUGCCGUCGGGUGGGCUCAACGGGAGGCCCGAGAAGCUGCCGGACCUGUGCUACUCGUGGUGGGUGUUGUCCUCACUCACCAUCAUUGGGCGCCUCCAUUGGAUCGAUAAACACAAACUCUUGCGAUUCAUUUUGGCGACACAGGACGAGGAGACGGGAGGUUUUGGCGACAGACCCGGCAAUCUGGUCGACCCCUUCCACACGGUGUUCGGAACGGCAGGCCUUUCCCUAUUGAGUCACUUAUACAGUUGCGAUCCAAACGAGUCGAUCCCCCAAAACAGUGAUAACCCGGACGCGGAUCUCAGCACUCAAUGGAAAUCUAUAUCCGAAAAGAUUAAACCAAUAAAUCCGGUGUUUUGUAUGACUCAGAGU